UUUAGUUUACAGUCCCCAGUUAAUGUACAUAAAUAGUAAAUAUAAAAAAAAUUUUAAGUUACAAUCAAACCUAUGUAUAAUCUGCCGAUAACAACGCCCCAGCCGCCAAAGGGGGCUAUUCCGGGUCUGACCAAUUUUGGGCCGUACCCGAGGAAUCGACCAAAUGUCAUCAAGUUCUAAGCUAAACCAAAGUCUAAGGAUUGAAUAUCGAGCUCUCCAUCGGAGCCAGUUCAAAAAUCGAAGCCAACUAAAGUGAUUUACCAUGUUUCCACAUCCAGACAUUCCCAGUUGGUAUUAUUAUAAUUCCAUGUCGAUGCCUGAUCCCAAUGCACAAUUUAUGAAUACACCCUAUCCACAACAACAGCAGCAAACAUUCAUGUCACCAGGAUCUUCGAGACAACAAACGUAUGCCUAUGCGCCCCAAUUGCAGCAAACACAGCUGCCACCAUCCCAUUAUUAUGGCCAGACGCAGACGCAGCCCGUAAACAAUUUCUUAAAUUCCUACAGCUCGUAUAAUUCUGCCAGCUCGGUCCAGAUGCAGGCGCAGGCACAGGCAGUGUCCUUGGCUCGGGCUCAGCAGCAGACGACCUGGUUUGAUUAUCCGGCACAGAAGCCUCCACAGAGCUACAACUAUUGGUAUCAGAACCAGGAAGAUUUAAGUAUCUUGGCACCGCAGUCCAUAUGCCAGACUAGGCCAAUUAUAAGUCUGCAGGAGGAUGGGUCCCACGCAAGCCACCAGCAAAGGUCGCCUUCAGGCAACCCCUCACGCUACCCAGCUGGCAAUCGACAAGAAAUUGAAUACUUUUCGCACCUCGGCAGCGGAAGUCUCAAUCGCAUUGAUAGCGUCUCCAGCUUUAAAAACCAACAAGGCUUGCGCAUUCGGAAUUCUGAGCAAGAUUUAGUCGAGUAUCGCCGCAUAGCCGCACGUCAACUGAAAUCAAUCGAAAAACGAGAAGUGGCUGCGCUGCGAGCUCCGCAGGAACUACAAAUUAGGGAGAUCGAACAGGGGUGUAGCCUAGUGAAUGAGAACUAUCAAGUGGAGAUCAGGCAGAAAGCGCCGACGACUCAAAAUGUGGUUGUCGAAGGGCCGCUGGAAAACAGGGACAGCGGUUUCUUCAGAAAACUUGGACUGUUAAAGGAUCCGUUUUUGCGUAAACAACAGAAAGCCGCGCAGCUACAAACAAAUUCACGUUUCUGUGAUCAGAUAUGCGAUCCGAGCGGAUCAGAGGAUACAGUUGAACGUUGUCCACGUAAGAAACGAAACUUUUUGAAACGCCUCUUUGGUGGCAUGCAUUAUCCCUCGAAUGUCAAUUUGAAUGUCCUUAUGGAGCAGGAUCUGCGCGAGGCGAUAGAAUUCGGGAAACGGUAGAAAAAUACACAGACUGAAUAUCAACUUCCGAUAUAUGUAAUAUUCUUUUCAUAAUAUAUAAAAAAAAUACUCCACCCAAUUAAA